AUAUAUUAAUUAAUGUGCAUACAGAGUCAUGCGUCCACCCCCUGUCCUACUCUUUGCCUUGAUGCCCCCUUCAAAACCGCUCCACUCCGUUUCCUAACUCGCAAAAGUCCAACCAAACAUAUUGAAAUCCAGCAAGUAGACAUCUAUCUUCCCCUCUCAUACCAAUCUUUAGAAGAAGGCACAGACACUUCACGCCGACAGAGAACACGAGAAGGAGCGGAGCAUUUUCUUUUUUCCCAAGCAUGAGCUACAGCGUGACCAGGUUGGCUCAGGGACUGGUCGUCCCCCGCGAGCCAACACCAACCGGCAAUCUUCCCCUCUCUUCGAUCGAUCAAACUCCGGGGUUGAGGGAUGUCAUGGUCGACUCCAUCCAUGUUUUCGGCCUUGGGGUGGAGCCGGCGAAGGUAAUAAGAGAUGCGCUGUCCAAGGCCCUGGUCCCCUACUACCCUAUCGCCGGCCGAUUUGUGAAGCAUGACGAUGGCGAGAUGGAGGUUGCUUGCACCGGGGAAGGCGCAUGGUUCGUCGAGGCCACGGCUGAUUUCAGGCUCGAAGAUGUCAACAAUCUCGAACGGCCUCUCGUCGUCCCCAAGGAAGAGUUUCUUCCGAGCUAUCCUCCCGACCAGGAGGGGUUAAUUUUCAUGAUGCAGGUUACACAAUUCCGUUGCGGUGGAUUUUCGGUGGGCAUCGUGUCCAGCCACGCAAUGUCGGAUGGCCUCGGAGCAGCCCAGUUCGUCAACGCGGUAGCGGAGAUGGCCAGAGGGCUUCCAAGUCCCACGAUCGAGCCCAUCUGGUGCCGAGACGCCAUCCCCAAGUUGAAUCCAGCCAAGCUCCCUUCCGGGCCGCCGCCAACCUUGACAGCCUUCGACUUCCAGUAUUCCAUAUCGGACAUCUCCUUGGACACCAUCAACGAGCUCAAGAACCAGUUUACCAGCGAGACGGGUCAAAGAUGCUCCACCUUCGAUGUGAUCACCGCGAUGGUGUGGCGAGCCCGAACUCGAGCCAUCGGGUUGGAGCCGCACCUCGACGUCAACCUUGGUUUCGCCGCGGACACCCGUCACUUGUUGCGCCAUCUGCUGCCCAAGGAAAAAGGUUACUACGGAAAUUGCGUGUUUCCCAUGUCCAUCACGGCGUCCAGCGGGAAGAUCGCGGGGUCGUCGCUCGUGGAGAUCGUGGGUCUCGUGAGAGAAGCUAAGGCGAUGCUGCCCACCAAAUUCUCGAAAUGGAUGGCGGGCGACAACGAGGACGACCCCUAUAAGGUGCCCUUCGACUACGGGACAUUUAUCGUUGCAGAUUGGAACAGGGUCGGAUUUUACGAGGUAGACUACGGAUGGGGAGAGCCGGCGCAUAUCGUGCCGUUCAAUGACAGUAGAUUUAUCGGGUCGUGCAUCGUGCUCAGGCCUCCUAAACCUAAGCAGGGUGUCAGGCUGAUGAUGCUUUGUGUCGUCGAGGAACACGGGACGGCCUUCAAUGAUCAAAUUAUGAAUUUAGCUUAAGAUCCCUCCUCUUAAUAAUGCUCUUGAGACAGUUCCUCUUGGAUAACAAUAAACCGAGUUGCCGUUCUAUUGGUCAUCGAUCAAGUAUCUUGUCAUUUUAUUCUCUUUUUUUUUUUUGAGAAAAAGAAGAAUGCUGUAUCAACAGGUGGUUUGUAUCAUUAUCUUUUACGGUCUUGUGAUUCUCUAUAGCAGAUCAUAAAUAUAUAAUCUAAUAUCGAUUUGGUA